AUGCAGUUGAAAUUGUCACUUUGUAAGAAAGCAUGGGGGAUAUUCAGAAGAUACCCCAGUGCUGAAAAUUUGAUAGCUUUUAAAAAAGCAAAGGCAAAUGCCAGAAAAAUAAGAAGGCAAAGCCAAAGGGAUUCUUGGAGGAAGUAUGUUUCUAGCAUAACAUCUUCCACUAGCCCAAAAGCAGUCUGGGAUAAAAUCCACAAAAUUAGUGUGAAAUAUGCUUCUCAUUCUCUGUCCAUGCUGGAAAAUAAUGGCACAAUAAUCAGUGAUAUACAGUGUAUUGCUGAUACAUUGGGUGAAACUUUUUUCUUGUUAUCCAGCAACAUAAUGUAUUCAAGGGAUUUCCAAGCUUACAAAGUGCAAAAGGAAAAGCAACAUUUAAACUUUCACUCCUUAUCUGAUGAGGAAUAUAAUGUGCCAUUCACUAGAAUUGAAUUACAAACAGUGAUUUCUUGCGCGGGGAAUAGUGCUGUAGGUCCGGAUAAAAUCCACUACAGCAUGAUUAAAAAUCUGUCAAGUAAUUCCCUUUCUAAUCUCCUGCAUCUGUUUAACAGAAUAUGGACAGAAAAUACUUGCCAUGUUGGUAUAAGAGGAAAUGAAGAAGCAGAUUCAGCAGCAAAAUCAGCUAGUUCUUUCACAGCAUACAAUGCAUAUUGA